AUGGACGGUGAAAUAUUUGAGACACCAUGUCAGGAGUUUGAAACCGUCAAGGUGGAGAAUUCCAUUUUUGCUGGGAAAGAGAAGAAGCCAUCCAUUGCUUCUUACAAACAGGCCGUGGAGGUGGUGGGAAGUGGAGAAGCCCCAGGUUGGGGAAGAAUGAUAGACAUUGCGGCGAAAGAGGACAGUUUAAGAAGUAGAGGAGAAAUUGUCUUAGCGACUGCAUCAUCUGGCAUAGCUGCAACAUUGUUACCCGGUUGUAGGACUGCACACUCUUUCUUUAAGAUACCUAUUGAUAUACAACCGAGUUCCAUUUGUGGUAUUCAAAAGCAAAAAGAUCUUGUGAAUCACAUUAGAGUUGCUGCUGCAAUAAUUUGGGAUGAAACACCAAUGACAAACAAAAAUUGUUUGGAAGCCUUAGAUCGAUCAUUACAAGACAUUUGUAGUAACAGUGCUCUAUUUGGUAGAAAAGUUAUGAUCAUGGUGGGAGAUUUUUGUCAAGUUCUUCCUGUUCUAAGAAAAGAGUUUGCAAAAUUUCUUAUUCGCAUUGGUGAUGGUGUUGAACCUACCAAACCAGAUGACAUGGCGAGGUUACAUUUGCAUAUUGCAAUCCCAUGGAAAAAAGAACAUUCCAUACAAGUACUUAUCCAAUAUAUUUUUCCUAAUUUAGAAUUGCAUGGUUGGGAUGCCCCAUAUAUGGUACAAAGAGCUAUUUUGAAACCAACAAAUGAUGAUAUCCAGAAAUUGAAUGAUAUGAUUAUCGACCAGUUUCCAGGAGAAGAACAUAAUUUGUUAUCUUUUGAUGAGGUUGAAGGAGAUAAUAAUAAUUUAUACCAGUAA